UGUUCAUUUUGUUAUACCGCAACUUUACCACAAUGGGCACUUACAUCGUCUCUGCUGAAGAAGAUCAUUGCCAUUGUACCUAGUCCAUGGAACUUCAAAUCACCGAGCUCUUUGCAUGCACUUGACUCGAAAAACCAAUAUGUACUUGCACUCUCGCCAGAGUUUGUACGGCCUAUGAAGGACAUCAGAGCAGCCGUAGACGAAAAAGCUCAAUGGCGACACAGUGAACUACUGCUGCUCAACAAGAUUAAAUGUUUAGACACUCUCGAGGCCCUAGAUACCAUGUUUGUCAACUCAAUCGCUGGACUUCAACUCGUAGGUCACCACUUGAUGAUCCAACAUACCAACAUCACCAAUGGUGGUGUAGUAGACCCCCAAAGCAUGCACUUCCUGGACGAAAGAAGAGAUCACCCGCCUUCAGUCUUGCUAGCAGCCAAUCACGCCAGAAGACUCACCAAGAAAACCUACACAAGCAGAUUCAACUUGACCGAGGACCAGACCAGAGUCCUCGAUAUCUCCGACUGUGCAAGCCGUAUGCUGGAAGCUGCUUCUGAGUUUCUGGCUCUGCAGGCGAGGUGCCGAGAGUUGAUUGCUUUGGUGCAAGUGGAGAGUGAUUUGCCUGUCGGGUUGCAGAGGACGCAUACACUGACCGAAGGACUCAUGUCCAAGGCCGCAAGGAUGCUCGGAAAAGCUUAUGAGCGUGUAUUGUGGGCAACUGCCUUGAUCGCAGGCAAGAUGCUCAAUUUGUCGACUUUGCUGUCAAGCUCAGGACACUUGGACAAGCGUUUGAUCAUGGCACCGAUGGCAUUGAGGAUCGAAAGUGAGACGACGCAAUGUCCGAGCAAGAUUGGCGAUGACCAGCAUUGUAUUGAUAGAAAGGAAGACAACGGUCUACUAGAGACUUACUGA